AAAAGUUUUCUUGAAGUUCGCUUUUUCUCUACGUUUCGUGGGGACGGAUUUUGCUGCUCUUUAUUUGAAGAUAAAUUUAAUGCAAAUUAUAAUUUAUUUUUAAAUAAAAAUCAGUGCAAUUCACUACGUAUAGGCAUUUUCAAAAUAAAAAUUCAACUAUAAAAAAACAACAAAUAAAAUAAAAAUAAACGAAAAAAUGGAAAAUAUUCAGGGAAAUGAACAUCAACCGCAGCAGCAGAGCGGAUUCGCACCUCGACGUCAGUAUGAUGGUAUUGGUCCGGCAGUGCCCACAGAUAUAGAUAACAUAACAAAUGGUCAUAUACAAACUCCCAAAAUCGAGCUGGCUUCGCGAUCCAUUAAAACGAAAAAGGAUAAGAUUUCUGAAUUAAAUGCUGCAACAAGCAAGUUAGCUAUUGAAGAAUCAAUGAAAUUGACCGAUAGUAAUGGGUUGGCUAUGAAGACACCAGUAUCCAUUCUACAAGAGCUCUUGAGUCGUCGGGGAAUUACACCCAAUUAUGAGUUGGUGCAAAUUGAGGGUGCCAUACAUGAGCCAACAUUUCGUUAUCGUGUCGCGUUUAAUGACAAGGAUGUGCCCUUCACGGCUAUGGGCGCUGGACGCUCCAAAAAAGAGGCUAAGCAUUCAGCAGCACGUGCACUAAUUGAUAAAUUAACUGGUGUACAGUUACCCGAUACUGCACAAGCAUGCGCCGGUGCAGGUGUUAGUACAGCCUCUAGCGGCAUUACUGCUACAAGCGCCGGCAGUGACGCCAACGUAAACGCAGUUGGAAGCGGCGAUGGCGCCGAUAAAAUAGUUGGAAAUCCGAUUGGCUGGCUGCAGGAGAUGUGCAUGUCACGUCGCUGGCCACCACCAACUUACGAAACUGAAACAGAGGUUGGCUUACCGCAUGAGCGUUUAUUUACCAUUGCCUGUUCAAUCCUUAAUUAUCGUGAAGUGGGAAAAGGGAAAAGCAAGAAGAUCGCUAAACGUCUGGCUGCACAUAAGAUGUGGACACGUCUACAAGAAAACCCAUUGGACAACAAUCAGAUAUGUGAAUCAAUGCGUGUCGAUCUCGAUGGCGACAAUCGUAACUGUGCAAAUUAUUAUGGUGAUUUGAAAGAUAUCACUGUGCCCACCUUAACCAGCCAGCAUAGUAAUAAGGUCUCACAGUUCCACAAAACACUUAAAAAUGCUACUGGAAAGAAAUUACUCAAGUUACAGAAAACUUGUUUAAAAGGACCCAAAAUUGAUUAUGUGAAAUUGUUGUCGGAGAUUGCCAAUGAAAAUCAGUUUGAAGUCACAUACGUUGACAUUGAAGAGAAAACUUUCACUGACCAAUGCCAAUGUCUAGUGCAGCUUUCAACAUUGCCAGUCGGCGUAUGUCAUGGCUCUGGACCAACAGCAGCUGACGCACAGAAACAGGCUGCUCAAAACGCUUUGGAAUAUUUGAAAAUUAUGACAAAGAAGUAAAUCGCUUGAUACAGCAGCGAAGCAAGUGAAGAAAAAACAAAAGAAUUAUAAUUAAAAUAAGAUAUUAAAAAAAAAGAAAUAAUAUGCAAUUUAAUAAGUAACACGAAAGAAAUUCAAAAUUGUUUGGUACUGCAAACAAAUGAAGUCCAGUGAAGCAGUGAAAUUUUCUAUGUGUAUUUCUGCUUAAGACGAUUAUAAUGGAAGCAAAAUAUGAAAAAGAGGCGAUAAAGAAAAUUUUAAAAAUUUGUAUUUUAAAGACCAUAUGUAUUUGUGCAACGAUUACAUUUACAAUAUGUCUUUUUGAAUAUAUGGCGGUUUUGUGAUAGAGAGCAGAAACUUAUGAGUUCACAAUGUUUUUCUGAAAAAUUAACCACAUUUACAUGAAAUAUGUUAAAAACAUUAAUACAAAAAAAAAAAUAACUAUGUUAAACUUGCUUUAUUUUGUUUUUAUUAUUAUGUUUUUCGUAAAUAUACGAAAUAUCGUGGGAAAGCGAAGACGUUCUCAAACAUCAAGACACGAUUAUGCAUUAACAGUGAAUUUUGGGCAAAUAUGAAUGGAAGUAAGAUAGUUUAAAUAUAAUUUUGCACUUUUAAAUCGGCACACAUAUUUAUUUAUACAAUAUACGAUGGAGGCUGGUCUACUAGGUCAUUCUACGCCGCCAGGGUCUUCAUUAACACACAAUAAAUAUUUUCUUGAAUUAAGUGCAUAAUUAUUCGUCAUUUUAAUCAUUUGUUUCGGGCAUAACUGCUGAAAUCAUAAAUCUAUGACGCAUACAUACAUAACUAUAUAUAGUACAUACAUUCACAUAAAAAUGAAAUAUCUAGACAUGAUACGAAUGAGUUAUAUUAUAAACUAUUGCAAAGAAUUCGAAUAAAUAACCUUUUCUGAUAAUUACAUGUACAGAA